AGCCAGGUUGUGGCUAAGACCUUGUUACCAGUUUGUUUUCAGCCUAACCUCCACAGGUGGAUUUCAUGUCGUCAUAAAGUUUAGCGCGAGGUGGUCUGUGACACUGAAUGUCUUUCCACGCGCCGUCCUGUCAGGUAUUCAGCGCACUGCGUCAUGGCGACAGCGGCGAGAAAGUUACGCAUUUCCUAACCGGAGUUGAUGGACUCUCCCUCCGGCAGCCAACACUUAAAUGUUAUGGUGGAUUACAGUGUUUCACGUGUACCAGAAGCCCUGCUCCCGAAGAGAGGGGGCCCUUUUAAAAUGGAGGAGCUGGCUCUGAUGGCCUUGCUGGAGUGUCCUCUGUGUUUCCAGCAGCUGGAUGUGUCAGCCAAGGUCUUGCCCUGCCAGCACACUUUCUGUAUGUCCUGCCUGCAGAAGCACGAGGCAGCCCAGUCCCAGCUGCUCUGCCCUGAGUGUCGCGCUCCUGUCCCGGCCAGGACGGUGGAGGAGCUUCCUGUGAACCUCCUGCUCGUGCGGCUCCUGGAGGGGCUCCAGGGCUCACCGGGGCCCAGCAGGGACAGGCAGACAGCCCGCUAUUCAGUGCCCUUGGCCAGGGGCAGCUUGACAGUCAGGGAGGGUAAGCAGCAGCAGCAGCAGCAGCAGCAGGAGAGUCACCCCAGAGAGAAGCAAGGGCACAAUGAGUUUUUUCUCAGAGCUCCGGUGCGUUACCAACGAGGUGACCCAUCAGGGGAGCUGGUGCCCACGCCUGGAAACGAUAUCACCCCGAAACACAAAGUGGAUGAGGACUGGCACCACGGAAACACCGGUGACAGUAGCGGUGCGCCUGCUACAGCCAGCACACUGCAGGCCGCCAGCCAGAUGCCUCAGCUGCAGCCCCUCCAGCAGUCCCAGCCUCCACCUCUCUGCAGGGCGCUGUUCGACUUUAAUCCCAAAGAGAUGAAUCUGGAAGACAAUAAAUAUUGUCUCAGCUUCCUCAAGGGAGACAUCCUUACUGUCAUCAAACGUGUGGAUGAACACUGGAUCGAAGCCAAGCUAGGGGAGAAAGUUGGAGUUUGCCCUCUGCAGUUUACAGAGCCAAACUCAGUGGCUGCCAAACUGCUAGAGGGAAAGAAUCGGAAGGGGAGUGACUCAGCAGAAUUUCACCAUCGGACUGGGAGUGGGAGCAAAGACAAGGCCACUGACGUAUCCAAUAGGACCACCCAUUACGGAGUCCCUCAAGUCCCAGCAAAGACACCCAUCUUCAAUGCGUUGCACCUCUCCAACCAGCAGAAACAGCCCGCAGCCAGUAGCAUCAACUUCCAUCAGACUACCAAAGGAGAGACGACCAACAUCAGCACCUUUAAACGUCAGGCUCUGUCUCACUGCCUCUCUGUGCCUCCUGCCACCCGGGGCCUCUCUCACUCCUCCAGAGUGAACUCUCAGCGAAUUAGACGCCACUCUGACACCACACACAGACACCUGUUACAGAGUGAGAAGAAGAUGAGCAGUGAGACUCCACCCACCAUCUCUAUGGCCCUGGUGAACCCCCAAAUGUCCUCUGCCUCUGCAGAUGGCAAAAACUCCUCCACGCAACAGCUCUCCAUCAGUGUGUGUGCCGUCCUGUACUCCUACAAACCACGACGACCAGAGGAGCUGGAACUGAGGAAAGGAGAGAUGGUGGGAGUGUACGGAAAGUUCAAAGAAGGCUGGCUGCGUGGGUUAUCGCUCAGAACGGGCAAAGUGGGCAUUCUGCCCAGCAACUACAUCUCGCCUGUGCUCAGAACCUCGGCCAGGCUCCUGGAGACCAAAGCAGCUAAUGCGUCCUCGCAGUACAACACAGUAACAGGAAAGAAACCCACAGCUGCCAAGAAUCCUGCUGUGGUCCUUGCUCUUGAUAGGGUAAACUCUGAUGGAACGAUAUACUCAACAGGACAGGUCCCAUCUGUGCCAAAUGGAGCACAGCAUGCAAUGUCAUCCACUGGCACUGGAAAACAUUCCCUCUAUGGGAGUGCACAAGGUUGGGACGCUGUGAGACGCAUCUUUAACCCUCAUAGAGGCUCAAACCAUUUCUCCCAUACGUCCAAUAUGAACGUCCCGUCCAACUCACAGCAUUUUGCACAAGUUCAGGCGUCCGGCUACUCACCUGCCCUGCAGAGGAAGAAGAACUUCAGCAUCCUGUCCAACUCUGGCAGACCACUAGGCUGGAUGACUGAGCCAGCAGCGCCCUCUGCUGCUGCAAUAUUUAAGGACAGGGACUUCACUGCCUCACAUGAGGCAACAUUUCAGCAUGACAGACAUCCUUCCAAUGGGCCUCACUCGAUUCUAGUCAGACCAGACUCACACAAGAACAGUACAGACAAGCCGGCAAAAUCAGUACGGUUCCUUACAGAUGAAGACUCCCCUCCUCCAAGACCUCGGACCUCCUCCUGGUCGUCAGGAAAUCAGGUUCCCUCCAACUGCCGCCCUGGCCCCCCUCCGUUGGAAGUGUGGGCCCCAUCGCUCACCCUGGGAAGAGACGGACCAGGGAUCAUUCUCAAAGAAGGAAAAGUUCCUAUUCUCAGGAAAGGCCUUGAAACAGCCAUCUCAGAUCUAAACUCUAACCCGCAGAAACCGAUACCAUCACAGCCGUCUCUCUCAGCCGUCUCGGCUCAGUUCAGCCCCAGCAGACACAGAGUGACCACAACGCAUUUAGCCCAGACGGACUCAGAGCUCAGUCUGCUUCAAGGAGAGCUUGUCCUCGUCCACAGACCUCGACCUGAUGGACGAGUUCUGGUUACUCAGGAGAGUAGUGGGCAGACAGGUUUAUUCCACUGCAGUGUUCUUCAAGCCCUUGAGAGGCUUAGCUGACUGUGUAGUACUGUUGUAGAAAUGUAUAUUUCUAUAUUCCAUGUGUUCAAACUGCCAAAUGACUUGACUGACCUGCUGAACAAGAUGCGUGCCAAAGUACGAAGGUUAAUACUGCCAAAUGACAAUCCUAUGAAGGAGGUGUUUAUUUUCAUCCUGAGUGCAUAUGAGAGAAUGGUUACAUUUUCCAGAGAUAUAUUAUGUGUCCUUUAACGUAUGUGCAUGUUUGUUACACAUGUACUAUUAUAAGAUUUUGCACAAAAACCCGUCUAAUGACUGUUCCUUGUUUAAUACCCAUGUUACACGCAUUGGUUAGUGCCUUUGUCAAAACCCACAAAGAAAACAAACUAUAUUUAAAUAUAUUUAGAGAAAUUAUGAGGUAAAAUAUCUGUACUGCUUUAUGUGGUAAUAAACUAUACUUCCAGAACAUCUUUGGUGUCUAACUUUGUAAACUAUAAUCCUUUAACAGUGGUGGAAGAAGCAUUCUGAUCCUUUACAGAAGUACAGAGGUAUUAUCAGCAAAAAUUAAACUUUAAGUAUCAAAACUAAAAGUACUCAUUAUGCAGAAAAAUGGUCCCUGUCAGUGUUUGCUAUUGUAUAUGAAAAUUUUGGAUUAAUAUCACUAAUGCAUUAAUAUGUAUGUGGCAUUUUACUGCUGUAGUUUUUAAGGUUGUGCUCAUUUUAACUACUUUUUAUACAGAUGGGCAGAUUAAUCUGCAGCAAUGCAUCAUAUUCUGUAAAACCGUCAUAUGUUUGUAGUGCUGGUCAAAAUCUAGUUUAAAAACCAUCAGUAUUUUUAGUACUGUGCACGCAGAGUAGGCCCUAUAUGCCAAAUUAAAGGUCCAGUGUGUAUGAUUUAGUGGCAUUUAGUAGUAGCAGAUUGCAACUUAGUCUUCACCCUCCUAUGCCAAGCACGAUGGAGAAACUACGGUGGCUGCAUAACGUACAAAAAAGUGUGAAGGUUUCUAUCUAGUAUUGGGUUUUCUUCAUUCUAAAAACAUGGUGGACUCCAUGGAGGGUGACCCGUGAUGUUUGUAAAUAAAAACGUCUCAUUCUAACGCAGCAAAAACAUAACGACUCUUAUUUUCAGGUGAUUAUACACUAAUGAAAACAUAUUCCAUUUCUGCCAUUAGAUUCUCCUAAAUGUUACACACUGCACCUUUAACGUGUGUGUAAUCAAACACGGUCAACUUGGGGUCAUUGAAGAUUCCAGCAUGGCACUGUCAUGCACAAUGUACAGUGACUUAUGUUUCACUGUGGCCUCUAUGCAGGUUAAUCCAGUCAUAGUGUAUGGACAUGUAAUGGAGUUUUAGACUUUCUGAACUUUUAUUUAUUGCAAUGAAGUGAAUCACCUACACUAAGUGCUUUAGACAUUCCACCUAUGCUUAAUAGUAUAAUUGUGUAUAGAUAUAAUAUAAUAUACGAUCAGAAUUAUGCUAUUUAAUACAGCGGAGUAUUCGUAUUAAACAGCAUAAUUCUGUUAGCUCUCAUUCUUGUGAUCAGCUUGCCUCGUUGCCACUCGUGUGAUUAUGUUGACUGUGUUUGAGUGGAAUUGUUUUGUUAGCAUUGCAGCUAACUAGUAGACUAGACUU